AGUUGGUCCGUCUGCUGUGAAAUGAAAUUGGAAAAUGAGAGCAGCGAAAGGAGUAACCGAGGAGAUAAAAUUGAAAAUAAUGCACAUUGACAUCAAAUAUGCGACAGUACCGCAGUUGUAUUAGCGACGGUUCGUUAUGACAGACGUUGCACGGUGUUCUGUCUUGCUCCGUUUUUGUUAGCUAUGUGGACGUUGAACUAGCUGGCUAGCCACCUCCCUGUCACGAGCAACGCCGGGGUGUAUUCUUCGUUUAGACUUCGGUUCAUCACCGUACUGCAGUAUGUUACAGUGGCCGAAAGGAGGGCCAGGGCUCAGUUAUAGCAUUUGAGAUUCACCGCUGUACAAGAGCAUCAGUUCACACCAUUUGUCAACGAUGCACAACUCGUUGCAAGCUAUAAUUAUUGCCAUAUUUUAUGCAAGUUAGCCAGUCAGCAGUUAAUAUUAUGGCACAGUACAGAAAAUAAUAGCCAGUAACAUUUCAGUGCCGUGGUACAAGUGCAGGUGGUGCAUUGCUGAAAAGUGAUAAGGGAUCAUACACGGCAGGAUGGAGCGAGGAGGCACCAUGGAGCGAGCAGGCAGCAUCCAGCUGGACGUCCCUGACUUUAGCAACUCUGUGCUGUCCCAACUGAACCAGCUGCGUAUACAGGGGCGGCUGUGCGACAUAGUGGUGAACGUGCAGGGCCAGAGCUUCCGUGCUCACAAGGUUGUGUUGGCUGCCAGCUCCCCUUACUUCCGAGACCACAUGUCACUGGGCCAGAUGAGCACUGUGUCCCUGUCAGUCAUCCGCAACCCCUCUGUGUUUGAUCAGCUCCUCUCAUACUGCUACACCGGGAGGCUGUGCCUGCAGCUGGCCGACAUCAUCAGCUACCUGACGGCCGCCAGCUUCCUGCAGAUGCAGCACAUCAUUGACCGCUGCACGCAGAUCCUUGAGGGCAUCCAUCUAAAGAUCAGCCUGGCGGAGGAGGAGCUGGGGGCCGGAGGGGGGCACAGAGGGGCUGGGAGCUUGGAGGGAGGAGGAGGAGGUGGGGUAGGAACAUCAGGGGGCUCCCUAAGCCCGCGCCACAGCAGCCCCAGGGUUCUGGGACCUCAAGGAAGCAGAACCCGAGGUGCCAUGGAUAUCCGAGAGGUGGGAAGCCCAGCGGGGGAGUCCAUGAGCCCCCAGAUGGUGGAGCACAGUGGGCUGGGCCCGGAGGGUCUGCCUGGGGGGGUGGAAGUGGGCAGCAGGCUGGGGAAGGAGCCCAUACUGCGCAUCAAUCGGGCCGGCCAGUGGUACGUGGAGGCAGAGUCGGAGAGGGGGAGCGGCGGUGAAGAGGGGGAGUCAAUGCGGGUGGUGGAUGGUUUGAGCAUAAAGACGGAGAGGAUGGAAGAGUGGACUGGGGCUGAUACCCAGGAAGAAGGGAGCGGGGCGGAAGAGGGAGCAGCCAUGAUGAUUGACACGUCCGUGUGCAGCUCGCUGGUGCAGGAGGGUAUUGUCACGGGGGCCAAGAGCUCUCAGCCCUCCAGCAGCUUCAGUGAGACUGAGAGGUUUAGUCCUACUGGCAGUGUGGUGGUGAUGGCAGAGAGACCGAGAGCCAAGAGUGAGUCACCCAGCAGAGUAGACGACCAGUGCCAUCCCAACUCGCAGGGGGAGGAGCAGGCUGUGUUGGGCGGCUACGAGGAGUACCUGCGUGAACAGGUGGCUGACCGCUGGUGCCACUACAACCCUCGACUCACCUGCAUCUACUGCUGCAAGUCCUUCAACCAGAAGGGCAGCCUGGACCGCCACAUGAGGCUGCACAUGGGCAUCACACCUUUCGUGUGCCGCAUCUGCGGCAAGAAGUACACCCGCAAGGACCAGCUCGAGUACCACAUCCGCAAGCACACAGGAAACAAGCCCUUCCAUUGCCACGUCUGCGGGAAGAGCUUCCCCUUCCAGGCCAUCCUCAACCAGCACUUCCGCAAGAACCACCCGGGCUGCGGCCCUCAAGAGGUGGCCCACAGCGCCUCCCCAGAGACCACCACUGUCUCCUCCAGGGGGGGGCAGAACGAGGAGGCGUCGCCCAGCCAGGAGGAGCCAGAUGGGGGUGGAGGUGGGGCCUCUUUCAGAGAGGGUGUCCAGGCCUCUGUCUCCACCACUGGGCCUGAUUGACCCAGUGGACCAGGGAGGGAGAUGGUUGGGGUAUAGGAGGACAGGGUAUAGGUUAGGUUACUGGUUUGUACUCUCCUGCCAGUGGAGGAAAGACCAUGUAUGUUGAAGUUGCUUCAAAGGAAAUGAUGAUAAAGGGGAGGUCAGAAGGUCAAGUCCAUCCAGGGUGGGAUUUUUAUAAGCAUUUUUUUUUAUUUUUAAUUCCUUCGACUAAACUGCAGGGACAGGAGAACGAAGCAACAGAGUAGUUUGAUAUGGCACUUCGUAAUAUGUCGUUAUUUAUAAAUGAUAUUUCCGCUUUAAACCAUAUCUACCUUCACAAUACAAACAUGAACAGAUUAAGCUAACACAUGAAGAAAUGCCACACACUCCCAAUAACCUCACAACACUGAAUGCAGUGGUUUUUAUUUGACUAUUUUCUUAUGUUAGUUUUAUUAUUUUGUAUAAUAACUACAUACAAUUUCAAUUCUUGCCUUUUGUCUUGAGACAAUCUUGAACAGAUGGGGGUCAGUGAUAAUCAGACUCCUCUUCAUACAUUAUAUGGGCAAUUCCACGGUUACUCAUGGUUUUCACAUAAAAAUGUAUGUCAAACAAAAAGCAAUGGUUGCAAAGUUGAACAAACCAUACACAUUUUUUACACAAGGACUACUUUGAACAAUUUCCAAUUUUACAAAAACACAUUUAUUUGAGGUAACAAAAACAUUUACUUUGACAGUGCAGAGGCAAAGUUUGGUAACAGAAUGACAACACCAACAGCACAAACUGUCAUUCUGUUACCAGACUUUGCAUCUGCUCAAGUAAAUGUAUUUUUGUCAAAUGUUCCGUGUAAUUUAUUAAGUAGUCCUUGUACAUAGUUGUAUGGUUUACAGAGAGAGUCUCAGCAUCACUGUUAUGGUGGAAUUGCCCAUGUGCCAGAAUGGCUUAAAAAUGCAAUUCCACAUGAAUAGUAGAUAUGGCCCAGUGAACAAAACCAGUUAAUUUGGUAGAGUAAUGAGUACAAUUCUGAAAAUAACACUGAUGUCAGUCUUAUGACGAUUUUAUGUCAUGUGUCUUAACACGGCUAAAUGCAUUCAGAAGUAUACCAUUAUUUAAUCAGUGCAACACUUUUACAAUGUAUUAAGAUAUUGGCAAAGGUAAGAGGCCUUUUAAAGAGGACUUGUUAAUCCAUAUGUAUUUGAACCAUACCUCCACAUUCUUUAACCAGCUGCUGAAUGCAUACUUCUAUACAGGAACACAGGAAACUCCGUUUUUUAAACAUUUUUUUUACCUCAGAUAAGCUACAAUAAAACUCUGUUACCUCUCACACAUCACUACGCAAUACAGCUCUGCUCCAAGCAGGUUGGUCGAUGCACUCCGUUGAAUUUACAGUAUGUUCUAAUUUUUCUAUGUUGUGGUUAACUACCUUUUUCUUUUUCUUUUACAAGUGACUGUUUUUUUUUGCAAAAGCGCAUCUGAACAUUUUUAUCUAGCUCUGACAAUGUAUCUGGAGGAUGUAGAGACAAGAUUGUAAUGGAGGACACUCAUCGCUGUUGGGGGUGUCCGAAGGAGGAGAGAUGAGACUCUGCAGCUGAACUGUAGUACCACCCAAGAGAAAGACUCUGCAGUUGAACUGUAGUACCACCCAAGAGAAAGACUCUGCAGCUGUUCUGUAGUACCACCCAAGAGAAAGACUCUGCAGCUGAACUGUAGUACCACCCAGGAGAAAGACUCUGCAGCUGUUCUGUAGUACCACCCAAGAGAAAGACUCUGCAGCUGUUCUGUAGUACCACCCAAGAGAGAGACUGCAGCUGUUCUGUAGUACCACCCAAGAGAAAGACUCUGCAGCUGAACUGUAGUACCACCCAAGAGAAAUACUCUGCAGCUGUUCUGUAGUACCACCCAAGAGAAAGACUGCAGCUGAACUGUAGUACCACCCAAGAGAAGACUGCAGCUGAACUGUAGUACCACCCAAGAGAAAGAAUGCAGCUGUUCUGUAGUACCACCCAAGAGAAAGACUCUGCAGCUGAACUGUAGUACCACCCAGGAGAAAGACUCUGCAGCUGAACUGUAGUACCACCCAAGAGAAAGACUCUGCAGCUGUUCUGUAGUACCACCCAAGAGAGAGACUCUGCAGCUGUUCUGUAGUACCACCCAAGAGAAAGACUCUGCAGCUGAACUGUAGUACCACCCAAGAGAAAUACUCUGCAGCUGUUCUGUAGUACCACCCAAGAGAAAGACUGCAGCUGAACUGUAGUACCACCCAAGAGAAAGACUGCAGCUGAACUGUAGUACCACCCAAGAGAAAGAAUGCAGCUGUUCUGUAGUACCACCCAAGAGAAAGACUCUGCAGCUGUUCUGUAGUACCACCCAAGAGAAAGAAUGCAGCUGAACUGUAGUACCACCCAAGAUAAAGACUCUGCAGCUGAACUGUAGUACCACCCAAGAGAAAGACUCUGCAGGUGUUCUGUAGUACCACCCAAGAGAAAGAAUGCAGCUGAACUGUAGUACCACCCAAGAGAAAGACUCUGCAGCUGAACUGUAGUACCACCCAAGAGAAAGACUCUGCAGCUGUUCUGUAGUACCACCCAAGAGAAAGACUCUGCAGCUGUUCUGUAGUACCACCCAAGAGAAAGACUCUGCAGCUGAACUGUAGUACCACCCAAGAGAAAGACUGCAGCUGAACUGUAGUACCACCCAAGAGAAAGACUGCAGCUGAACUGUAGUACCACCCAAGAGAAAGACUCUGCAGCUGAACCACCCAAGAGAAAGACUCUGCAGCUGAACUGUAGUACCACCCAAGAGAAAGACUCUGCAGCUGAACUGUAGUACCACCCAAGAGAAAGACUCUGCAGCUGAACUGUAGUACCACCCAAGAGAAAGACUCUGCAGCUGUUCUGUAGUACCACCCAAGAGAGACUCUGCAGCUGAACUGUAGUACCACCCAAGAGAAAGAAUGCAGCUGAACUGUAGUACCACCCAAGAGAAAGACUGCAGCUGAACUGUAGUACCACCCAAGAGAAAGAAUGCAGCUGAACUGUAGUACCACCCAAGAGAGAGACUCUGCAGCUGAACCACCCAAGAGAAAGACUCUGCAGCUGUUCUGUAGUACCACCCAAGAGAAAGACUCUGCAGCUGUUCUGUAGUACCACCCAAGAGAAAGACUCUGCAGCUGAACUGUAGUACCACCCAAGAGAAAGACUGCAGCUGAACUGUAGUACCACCCAAGAGAAAGACUGCAGCUGAACUGUAGUACCACCCAAGAGAAAGACUCUGCAGCUGAACCACCCAAGAGAAAGACUCUGCAGCUGAACUGUAGUACCACCCAAGAGAAAGACUCUGCAGCUGAACUGUAGUACCACCCAAGAGAAAGACUCUGCAGCUGAACUGUAGUACCACCCAAGAGAAAGACUCUGCAGCUGUUCUGUAGUACCACCCAAGAGAGACUCUGCAGCUGAACUGUAGUACCACCCAAGAGAAAGAAUGCAGCUGAACUGUAGUACCACCCAAGAGAAAGACUGCAGCUGAACUGUAGUACCACCCAAGAGAAAGAAUGCAGCUGAACUGUAGUACCACCCAAGAGAGAGACUCUGCAGCUGAACCACCCAAGAGAAAGACUCUGCAGCUGUUCUGUAGUACCACCCAAGAGAAAGACUCUGCAGCUGUUCUGUAGUACCACCCAAGAAAAGAAUGCAGCUGAACUGUAGUACCACCCAAGAGAAAGACUCUGCAGCUGAACUGUAGUACCACCCAAGAGAAAGAAUGCAGCUGUUCUGUAGUACCACUCAAGAGAAAGAAUGCAGCUGUUCUGUAGUACCACCCAAGAGAAAGAAUGCAGCUGUUCUGUAGUACCACCCAAGAGAAAGAAUGCAGCUGUUCUGUAGUACCACCCAAGAGAAAGAAUGCAGCUGUUCUGUAGUACCACCCAAGAGAAAGAAUGCAGCUGUUCUGUAGUACCACCCAAGAGAGAGACUCUGCAGCUGAACCACCCAAGAGAAAGACUCUGCAGCUGUUCUGUAGUACCACCCAAGAGAAAGACUCUGCAGCUGAACUGUAGUACCACCCAAGAGAAAGAAUGCAGCUGUUCUGUAGUACCACCCAAGAGAAAGAAUGCAGCUGUUCUGUAGUACCACCCAAGAGAAAGAAUGCAGCUGUUCUGUAGUACCACCCAAGAGAAAGAAUGCAGCUGUUCUGUAGUACCACGCAAGAGAAAGAAUGCAGCUGAACUGUAGUACCACCCAAGAGAAAGACUGCAGCUGAACUGUCGUACCACCCAAGAGAAAGAAUGCAGCUGUUCUGUAGUACCACCCAAGAGAAAGACUCUGCAGCUGUUCUGUAGUACCACCCAAGAUAAAGAAUGCAGCUGAACUGUAGAACCACCCAAGAGAUAGACUGCAGCUGAACUGUAGUACCACCCAAGAGAAAGACUGCAGCUGAACUGUAGUACCACCCAAGAGAAAGACUGCAGCUGAACUGUAGUACCACCCAAGAGAAAGAAUGCAGCUGAACUGUAGUACCACCCAAGAGAAAGACUGCAGCUGAACUGUAGUACCACCCAAGAGAAAGACUCUGCAGCUGUUCUGUAGUACCACCCAAGAGAAAGACUGCAGCUGUUCUGUAGUACCACCCAAGAGAAAGAAUGCAGCUGAACUGUAGUACCACCCAAAAGAAAGACUGCAGCUGUUCUGUAGUACCACCCAAGAGAAAGAAUGCAGCUGAACUGUAAUACCAC